UGUACCUCAGACUGGCACAUGGACUAACCGAAUUUCGGUCCAAGAGCCACGAGCGCAUCAAAACCAAAACCAACCAACAAACCUAUUUAACAAAUUAAUAUAAAGUAUGAAGGACUUGUAUGGAAAACUGUGUUCAUCAUUAUUAGAAGAAUAUUUUGGUUCUAUUGUACAAUCUGUAGGUAAUAAUUUAUUAUGUGGAAAGAAAACAUUAAGGUUAAUAUGGUUUGGAACUGGCUUGCCACUAGCAAAGGUAAAAGAAGGACUGUGUGUUCUUGUAAAACAUGGUUUUGUGACUUAUCACCAAGACGAAGAUAAUAAUAUUGAAUAUACUAUAGAACAGAACAAAAUUAUCAUGCUACUUCGAUAUCCAAGAUUUAUAUUUUUUGUAAAAACUUGUUGUGGUGAUGAGGCAGAGGUUAUGAUUGAAGAAGUCUUAAAACACGGAUAUAUCACAGCAUCUGAUGUAAUAAUAAAAACAUACAAAAGAAUUGAACAGACUCCCUCUAAAUCUGCUGAAGUACCUUCUAUUUCACAAUUGAAGGAUAUAUUUGAACUAUUGUUGAAAAAUCGAUUUUUGAUGCGUAGUUUAUCCUUCGAUACAAAACUACAAGAGAAUGACAAACCAAACUAUGUGUUACCAAAUAUUGACGUAAGAGCAAUUGCUAGUAAAUUACAAAAUCAAGCUGCUGAUCUUCCAGAUAAAGAUGUACAUUGGAAAGUCAAUUUUGAUCGGCUUAUCGAAGAUCUCAGGGAUCAAAUUAUUAUAUCAGCUGUGAAUCAAAGAUUUGACAAAAACGCUGCAGAAUUAAUGAGAAGGAUGAUCAUCUUAAUGGAAUUGCGAACGUUGUCUUGGGCAGAUACGUCAAAUCCUAUUCCUUUUACUGAGAUUAGAGAAGAAAUAAGAAAGGACCCAAAUUAUCCAGAACUUGAACAGUAUCUUGAUCAAUAUCUUCGACUUAUAGAAGAAGAUAAUAGUCAAUUUAUUAAAAGAGUUGGCGAUUCUGGUGGAGGACAGUAUAGCAUUGACAUGAAGAAUAUUUUUAAAGAAUUGACAUGGGCAACUAUAGAAAAUAUUGUAACAGACAAAUAUGGCUCAAAAGCUGCGAGAAUUUUCCGGUUAGUACGCAAAGAAUAUGAUCUUGGUAUAGAUCAAAUUCAGCGACUAGCAAUGCUUCCAGCAAAAGAAGCUAAAUAUUUGUGUUAUAUAUUGGCACAAGAAAACUACAUGCAGAUACAUGAGAGAAAACGAGGUGGAACAUCGACGGGACUAACCAAAGGGCUUUUUCGCUUUUCUAUUGAUUUAUCGAAAGUGGUUCAAAUGAAAAUCGAACAUUGUUGUCACGCGUUGUAUAACAUUAUAAAAAGACGUGAUCAUGAAACUUCUAGUAACAGACGUAUGAUAGAGAAACAAUUACGAGUGCAGAUAUUAUCAGACAACUUAAAAGAACAUGGUGCAACGGAACAACAGUUGGCUGAUAUCGCAGAAAUGAUGACGCCAUCAGAAAGCGAACAGCUUGAGAAAGCACAAAAUGCGAUAAAGAAAUUGGCAGCCACAGAAUUGCAAAUAGAUGAAACCUUGUUUUUGUUAACUUUAUAUUUUCGAUAUCACUAAUUUAACUCUUGUAAUCGUUCUGUUUUUUUUAUAAAGAUACACGUUUAAUAAA